CUCUUUCCAUCUGGACGAUUACCAAUCGAGGCUGUAGCUUCGGUUUCCGAACCUAUCGGCAGCUAAGAUUUAUUUUAUAAUAUCAACGGCCCUGAUUAAUUCUUCCAUAAACGCCCUUUAGUUGGGCCAGGUUGGUAUAUACAGAGAGAGUUUAUUGUGUGUCCGUGUUCUUAAGCCAAAUUAAAAAGGCGAGAUUCUCCUCAAGUUUAGUUUCUUCUCCAUUUCGAACGCUAUAGGGUUUUUAGGGUUUGGUUUUGUGCUCUGAAACGAUGGCGGAGCAUCACAAAGAGGAAUCAGUGAUAGAAUCAGUGAUGGAAAAGAUAUCGGAGAAGAUCCACGGCCACGAUUCUUCGUCAUCGUCCGAUUCCGAUAACGAUGAGAAGUCAAAAUCGUCUUCAUCUCCAUCUUCUAUGAAAUCAAAGAUUUAUCGCAUCUUUGGCCGUGAAAAGCCCGUCCACAAGGUCCUUGGUGGUGGCAAACCUGCGGAUAUUUUCCUCUGGAGGAAUAAGAAGAUAUCAGCAGGAGUGCUUGGUGGUGCAACUGCUAUAUGGGUUCUGUUCGAAUUGAUUGAAUAUCAUCUUCUCACUCUGAUAUGCCAUGGAUUGAUCCUUUCUCUCGCUGUACUGUUCUUGUGGUCAAAUGCCUCCACCUUUAUCAACAAGAGCCCACCACGUAUUCCAGAAGUUUAUAUCCCUGAGGAGCCUGUUCUUCAGGUAGCUGAUGCACUCAGGAGUGAGAUCAAUUGGGGUUUUGCUGUCCUUCGAGAUAUCGCAUCAGGAAGAGAUCUGAAGAAGUUCCUCUCUGUAAUAGCUGGUUUAUGGGUCUUGUCUAUUGUGGGGAGUUGGGUCAAUUUCUUGACCUUGUUCUAUAUAGUUUUUGUACUGCUAUACACAGUGCCCGUUUUCUAUGAGAAGUAUGAAGACAAGGUGGAUUCAUUGGCUGAGAAGGCAUUGAUCGAACUCAAAAAGCAGUAUGCAGUCCUUGAUGCUAAGGUCUUAAGCAAGAUCCCUAGAGGACCAUUGAAGGACAAGAAGAAGGAUUAGAGCAGUUUAUUUAUGCUCUUACUAGGACUUGACACAAUUGGUAGAUGUGUUUUUGUGAAAUUGUGGAACUGUAUCCAGUAUCUUGUACGCUUUUUAUAUUUUAGACGGUUGGGUUCACAUUGUGGAUGAACAUCGGAUUUUUAUACUCGCAUGUGUUUUAUGAGUGAUCUUGUGACAUAUUACAAUACAAUAUGAAUUAGUGCCUGUACAUUGGCUGUCAAUUUUUAUUUUUAUUUUA